AUGGAAACUGGAGUUUGCUGCUAUGCGUCGGGAUGCAGCAGCGUCGCCAGCGCGGCAAGAAGCACACUUCGGCUUACCAGCAGCAAGCCUGCCGUCUCCGGCGAAGAGCCACAGGCUGUCCGUAGGGGAGAUCACCGCUCGGCUGGCGCCCCUCCUGUGCAGCCCACUGCUAAGGGCACUGCUGCACCCUUCUCUGCCGAACGCUUUCACAGCGCAGGGCCCCUGCAAUGGCUGGAGUGUCUCAAGAGUCUCGCAGCAGCAGCCAAAAAGAUGAAAGGCAAGAUGGCCGAUGCGCCUGUCUCGGUUUCUCCUUCCGUCUUUGGAGGCUUCGGAUGGGGGCAUGGGGACCUCCCGCCUUCGCUCUUGCUGUGGCGGGGGGAGCAGCGGCUGCAGCAGCUGUCUGCAGGCCAGCUGGUGCUCGCUGCGACUGCACUGCAGCAACUGGAUCUGCGGCAAUGCUUGCCCUCUCUGCGUGGCGGAGAGAACGGUGCGACCAGCGAUGUUGCUCUCUUAAUCCUGCAGUUGCUCCACAAACACGUUAGGAGGGACCUCCGCUGCCUCUCCCUCCGGCAGAUCGGUGCCGCCGCACAUACUCUUUCCCUCUGGCGAUUUACACACGAGGACGCAGCAGCAGCUGCAAGCUCUGGGCUGCAGCAGCAGCAUUCGUUUACUCCGGCAGAGCUGAGGCGAUCCACCUUCCGCCUUUUCCUGCACUCUGCAUCCGAGCAGUUAGAAAAUCUCUCAAAGCAGCAGCAGAAACAACAGGGUCAGGCGCUGCAGCCGACGGGGUGUCUGGGCCUUGCGUUGCCGUUGCUGCAUGCAUGCACACGGUUACAGCUGACGGAGCUGCGAGAGAGCUAUUUGGUGCUGCUGCGGCUGCCCAUCUUGCAGCAACAAGUCGAGAGCAGCUCUUCUUUGCUGCAGCUGGCGUUGCUGCUGCACUGCAGCACACGGCUGCUGCUGCAUGACGCCCCGCUGUACAGACAGCUGCUGUUGCGACUCGCCGACUGGGAUGCAUUUUGGCUGCUGCUCCAGCAGGAGCGGCAGCCCGCUGCAGCACAAGUCGCCUUUGGUCAACUCGCGCUGUGCUGUGUUGCCUUUGCGCCGUGGCAGAUGGACGCCCUCGAGGUGCAGCAACAGCAGCAGCAGCACACAGAACAGCACUGUCUGUCCACUACAGCCUCUGGCUCUAACGCAGUCAGCAGGAGCAGCGCAGUCACCGGCAGCAGUGGGAGCUGCACGAGCAGUUGCAGUAGGCUGUCAGAGUUGCAAGACGACGUGCUGCUCAACGUAUUGCGUGCCUCAGCCUCUGUACUACAGUGGCCUACAGCGGCGCGUGUAGGAGGUGCAGCAGCGGCAGCCACUUCUACGCGAUGCCUUGGCUUGCCAAGUGCUUUCUUGCUGCGGCAGUUGCAGAUCGCCGCCCUUGCACUGGGCGUGGAACGCUCACGCCUGGCAAGGGCCCUGGGGCAGUCGGUAUGUGCAGAGGGAAACCCCACUUUCCCCAUGUCUUUUUCUGCGCGAGAAGGCGUCUUUUCGGAGCAGCGGUAUGGUGGGGAGCAGGCAUCUUCUCCGGGGAAGGAAGGCUUUGAGGGGGGCCCUCUACAGGACGUGAAAGAUUUGGUGGCGCUCUUGCAGCGGUGGCCUUUGGAGAAGGGGGGGAGCAGUCGACUGUGUCGCAGCAGUAGCAGCGAGCAGCACGCGAGUGUCGCUGCUGCAGCACGGGCGCUUGGAGUGUCUGUACAGCAAGAGGCCCCAGUGGGUCCCUAUGAAGCGGAUUUGCUGCUGAAAGACCGACAUUGCAUAGUUGAAAUUGACGGGCCUUUACACUUCAUGAGACCCCCGCCACAGCACACGCGCACUUUCAGAAAUGGCGGCAGCAGCAGCAGUGGCGGAGCAGCAGAUGACUUCGCGGCACUGCCUCGCGAUCCUUACAGCAGCCGCAAGGGGACGGGCACAAAGGCCCACGAGUCUUCUACCUCCCGCACUGGAUUGUGGGGAUCUCUGAGCAGCGGGGAAGGCGCUCCCCCCGAGAAUUCUCCGUUGGUGUAUGAUGUAAGAACCGCCCUAAAGCACCGGCUGCUGCGGAGCUGCGGCUGGCAAGUGCUGCAUAUUGCGUGGAAUGAUUGGCCAGUGGACUGCUACGCGCAACAGAGGGCCUUGGCAGAGGCUCUCAAGCACGUAGAGCGGCAAGCGCCGCAGAAGGCAGAAGUAGGGGUCAAGUGGGAAGGCUGUGGCGCCAGCUUGUUGGUUUAUCGACCCCAGUCCCUGCGGCGCUUUCUGCACCAAGCCCAAGGCGUAGGCCUAGUUGAAACAGAGGCUCCUGAAGAGGAGCACUGCGAGUGCAGCCUAGUAUAG